UUUUCUGCUUAUAACAGGAACUCGGACGGUUACCCGACUGGUGACGCGUCCACCCCUACUCUACUCUUUAGAGAUCAGAUGUAUCUCCGUCUCUAGAAUUCAAGAGAACAUCGGAUUUGGCAUGUUAUUAUGAUACUUCGUAUAUUAAACAGAUUUGCUUCUAAAAAACUGGCUUUUCCGAACCCAUCUCGAAAAUUUUCAAUUAUGGGAAGUGACUGGCCAACAUCUUAUAAGUUCAUAUGGAUAGAUUGUGAGGCAAGUAAAAAAAGUAUCAAAACAAAAAGUUUAAAGUUUCUUUGUUUUAAACAAUUAUUUGCACCAAAGAUGACAGGACUAAACCAUGAGGUGGAUACUUUGUUGGAAGUUGCAUGCAUCGUUACUGACAGUAACUUGAAUGAAAUGUCUGAAGGUUUACGUGUUGUAAUUCACCAGCCUAAGGAAAUAUUAGAAAAAAUGAAUGAGUGGUGCCAAAAGACCCAUCAUAAGACUGGAUUAUAUCAGGCAUGUCUUGAGAGUAAAAGCUCUAUUAAAGAAGCUGAACAACAGCUCCUAACUUUUGUCAGAAAACAUACCAAAAAAGGCAAAUGCUACAUUGCUGGCAACUCUGUGUAUAUGGAUGUAUUGUUCUUAAAGAAAUACAUGCCUGAGCUUGUCAACCAUGCCCAUUAUCGUCUCUUGGAUGUUAGCUCUUUGAAAAUUCUUUCUAGUUGUUGGUACAAGUGCUCCUACGAUAAAAAAUAUUUGCAUGAAGCAAUGAGUGAUAUAAAAGAAAGCAUAGAAGAAUUAAAAUAUUUGAGAGAAAAUAUAUUUAAAUAGUUUAUAAAUUAACAAUUUGUACAAAAAAAUCAAACGUGAAGAAUAAUUUUGAAGGUAUAUCGUGUUUGAAGUUAGGGCUGCUGGAUACAAACUGAGGACCUUUACCUUAUGAUGAGCGCUAUGUCAACAUCUAAACCAUUGCAUCCAUCUAUGUCCCCCUAUCCAUUGUUAUUAGUUAUUAUUAUAGUGUUAUUACAAUAAAUUAAUUUUUAGUAUGUGUAAAAUAUAAACGUACUGAGAAAAAUUCCAUAAUUAA